AUGUCGGCAUCCACUAGCGGCGGCGGAUCGCUCCCGCCCCAGGCGGCUGCAGCGCUCCAGGAGGGUAUCGGGCUGGUGUUCGGGCGGUGGACGGCACUGCAGAUGGCUGUGGAGAACGAGUGGGGCGGCCCCGACUCCCGCGCCAAGGCCGACCAGCUCGCCGCGUCCAUCCUCUCCUGGUUCACCAACUCCAAGGGCCCAUAUUAUUAUGAGGACUUGGAGGAUAUGAUGUUUGACAGAAUAUAUAAAUCCCUCAAUUCUAACUUUGCGGAUGGUAGCAUUAGGGAGGUUGCUGAACAAUUUUUUAUAAUGCAUGAAGAAUGCCUGGAAAACAACUUUUCAUCGAUUGAGAAAUUAAGGAAUACACGUCCUCAAGGAAAUCUUGUUUCCCAAAGUAGACAGAUGGUAACCGAGGAGGAUGAUGAUAGCUCGGACGAUGGUGAUGAGCCAUCAAUGGGGGAAGAUAAAGCAGCUAGAUCAGAUGAUAUGGCAGUAGAUCAGCCAAAACCUUACAAGCCUACCCCUGGUGCUGAUGGGUGGACUGUUGUGCCUCCUAGGCGUGGCCAAGGCAAGAAUUAA